AGCGAACAACUGCAGUUCCUGUAACCACAGCAAUAACUGAUUACCGCUUUAAGAAAACUGAGCCUCACUACCAACGUGAGUACAAAAAUAAAACUUUUUGCAUUAUGCUUUAAUUGCCAAGGGACUCUGCCUCUGUGUUAUUACCUCCUCGUUCUCGCCCGGGGCGUUUAACUCGACGUGUCCGCGACAUGGCGACGAGGAUGGGAUCCCUGAGACGAGAAGGGAAAACACACGCAGACCCCUUAGUAAAGUAUUGCCCAUGGGCCAACCAUCAGCAACCUCCACCGUCCGAUGCGGACAGCCUCUGGGCCCACAUCGCCUACCACCAGGUCGCACAAAAUGGAAAGUUGGGGGGCUACUUGUCCAUCCAGCCGACCGACACCCUCAUGCACCAAACUGGGGUGGCUAAGGAAUGGGUAGUGUCCGGACUCAGCCCCGCCGCGCUAGGGUGCCUCCUGUCAUGCCCCUCUGUCCUUUACCAUCCCCCCGACGUAGUGGCAGAGGUCGAGCUUAGCCGGAUCAAACCGAUGGGUGGGGGUAUUGAUCGUGUGCCUGAAAAAGAAUAUGCUCAGUGCAUACAACACCUAAAGGCAGGAGGAGGCUGUGAUACCCCCCCGACAAGUUUCGUUGUCCUACUAUCACCCCAGGAGGGGCCAAAAAUGAAAUACUAACUACAUUAAGGGAAAACCUAGAAGCGGAGGGCAAAAACUCCUCUAAGUGGGGCAGACAAAAGUGGGAUAAAGGAAAAAUGCUUAACAUCUUGUUUUGCUCGUUUUCCACGCUUAUGAGACAUGCCGCGAAUCGGGCGAACCUUAUACAGACGCUCACGAAGACGGCCGCCGACCACACUGCGACUGCACCCAAAGAUGGCGCCGAAGCGGCAGAGCAAGGGCGGGGAGAAGAAGAACGAGAGACCGUGCAGUUGGGGCAAGCAGAUAUAAAAUGUCCCAUCACUGAGUGCAAUGAACAUUUGGAUGAAACAACCAUCCUCUACAAUCUGCCACACAACGACAUCAUCAAGUAUAAAUAUUUCCUGGAACUCAGCCGUAUUGACUCCAGCACCAAGCCAUGCCCUCAAUGCAAGCACUUUACAACCUUCAGGAGGAGAGGCCACAUUCCAACUCCUACCAAAUUGGAGAACAAAUACAAAAUCCAGUGUCCAUCUUGCCAAUUUGUCUGGUGUUUUAAGUGCCACUCUCCCUGGCAUGAAGGCGUCAACUGUAAAGAAUACAAAAAAGGGGACAAGCUGCUGCGUCACUGGGCCAGUGAGAUUGAACAUGGGCAAAGGAAUGCCCAAAAAUGUCCCAGAUGCAAGAUCCACAUCCAGCGAACAGAAGGGUGUGACCACAUGACCUGUUCACAAUGUAACACUAAUUUCUGUUACCGUUGCGGGGAGAGAUACCGCCAGCUCCGUUUCUUUGGAGAUCACACGUCAAACCUCAGUAUCUUUGGAUGCAAAUACCGCUGCCUCCCCGAGAGACCGCAUUUAAGGAGAUUAGUGCGAGGCUCUGUCUGUGCUGGAAAGUUGCUCAUUACACCCCUAAUACUGGUUUUGGGACUGGCACUGGGAGCCAUAGCUAUUGUAAUAGGUUUAUUUGCUUUCCCUAUCUUUUGCCUUUGCGAAAAGCAGAAGAAAAGGUCACGGACAGNAAUGCCCCGGUAAGAGCGGGCCUUACCCAAACUGAACUGGUCCUGCAAAGUCUAUACAAGACUUGUGCAACAAAGCAAUACAGUGCUGGGUAACACCUUUGAAGUCAUCACCCUUGAAGAAAAGAACAGGGAUCUUCUGCCAUCUUCCCUUAACACAGUACACUACUGCAGACCAGAAGGCCCCCUUGCUCUUGUAUGCUUUGAAUAAGAGGGGCCUGCUGCUUAACUGUUUGUUGUUUUUUAUUUUACUUUUUUAAAUUUUUAGUUUUAUGUUUCUUACCUAGACAAUCAAAGUCUGUAUUAUAGCCACAACUCUACUGAUUGGCCUGUGAAGAAAACAUUUCAUUUGUAAUGUGUUCCUUUUAUGUUUGGGUUAGGCCUUUCAGAAGAACUGCUAGAGGUGUUUGGACUUUUGCUGUACACUGAACAUCCUAGUUCUUAUGUUAGAAACUAAUUCUGUAAAUAUCUUUCGUCUCACAGUGUUUUGUCCAGCAUACCAACAUGCAAAGUCAUGUGCCGGAAUAUAAUAGCUGGUUAUCUUAUGGGUUGAUUUUACCUUUUGACUAGGGAGUUUAAUGACCUGCGUGGCAAGGAUUGCCACUGCCAAAAUAUCAGUGCCUCAAACAAAAGUAAAAAGUAAAAUGAUUAGAACCAUGUCAAUGAUUAUUGUUUAGGUAUUUAUAUUAUGUUAAGAGUAUCUACUAUGAUUUGGGGGGAAAAGUCAUUCUGUAGGAGACUACAUUGUUUUAACUUUUUCUUUAACAAAGAAAAAAAUAGCUCUCCAUGGUAAUGAGACAAGUGUCUCUGUCCCGCUCUGUCUUUGGAUACAUAAUAGGCUGGGAUGGACAGUGAGACCAUGGGAGCUUGUGUUCAUGAUGGAGCUAGAAACAUACACCUUCUGUUGUUUUUUGGCGUGUACCAAAUACUACAUACUAACAACCAGGUAAAAAUUCAGUCUGAAAUGUUUAUCAUCUAAAAGGUUAUACGUCUUAUGUUUUUAAAAUGUCUAAUCAAAUCUUUACAGGAUUUGAGAGGGAGGCUAGGGGAAUAAGACUAGAGACAUGGAGAGGAAGGAGUCAUUUAGAGGCCAUGUUACUUGUACUCCAUGCUUUCAGUGUUUCUUCUUUCUUGGUCUCUCUCUAUUUUUAUAUUGUACUGUGAUGACAAUAUCUUUGUUUGAAGAGCUCAGCUAUCCAUGCUGUUCAGUCCCAACUUAAAAUCAUACAACUGUGAUUGUUGAACUUUGAAAAAAGUCAAAAUCAUAACAGUGUAAUUUAGUUACUGAGAACACUUUGAAGUAAAAAAAAUUCCCACUAUUUUCCUGUUAUGCAAACAUCCUAAAGUUUAAAAAAAAUUAAGAGAAGGAAAAAUUGAAUGCAAGUAGAAUGCCUGAUCUUGGGGUAAGGGGGUGAGGGGAGGACAGUAAAGGAGGUUAGAAAGUCCUGGUGGGCCUUUAACAAAAGAAAACAAUAAGAUUGCUUUAAAAAACACAUUAAGUAAAUCUCAUCAGAAGUUUGUAAAUAUGUGUUUUCUCUAAUCUCCUUUAAGCUUUUUAGGGUUUUUUAAGUUGCACAUGAAUACAGCAUAUCAUUGUAAAGUAAAUAUUUCGCAUCCAUGUCCUUUAAAAACCUCCUGAAACCCGUAUACAGCUGUAGCAGUUAAAUGAUCAGUGUUAAUUCCUGCAGUACAGUAGUUCUCUGUAAAUCAUACAGUACAUAUCUUGACUUCAGAGCCUUGGUGAAAGAAACUUGUGGGAUUUGUUUACCUGGCAACAUGAAUGUCAGAUUACCACAGUUGACUAGUGUGUGCAUGUUUGCAGGCUUCAGUCUGCCUGCUUUUUUGUCUUGCAGAAACACUGUGUACAAGCAUGUUAAAGUAGCCAUAGUAGUCUCACAGCAUCUCUUAAUUCAUUUUUUCCGUUUGAUUGAAGGGGUACUCUGACCCAGCAGUGGCUAUGGAAAUAGUACCUUUCUUAAGAGUUGCAAAUUUAUAAGGUAAGGCAGUAACAAGAAAAUCUAUGUAUUCUAUCACUAUCUUAUUCUAUAUGACAUAUCCCUAUUAUUUAGUUGUAUCUGCAAGUUGGCAGCUGCCUUAAAACUAGUCUGUGUUCUGAGGCCAUACAUAUCAGUUGUCUUUGGCUUACUCAGGGAUUUUUAUUCCUUCCUUUAACUGUCUAAUAACUUUAGGGAUAUUUUUAUAUUAUUUAGAAAACCUUCAGACCUCUAAGAUUAUAGAUUUGGUUUUUGCAAUGCAACUUUAAAAUAGUGUCAAAACAACUAUUCCAUUUAAGUAUACUUCAGUACUUGAGUUUUCCUGUUAUUGAUUACAUGGUUGAAUAGUUGCAUUAUUCUUCCUGGGUUUUUUUAUAAAUAUUUUACAAUUUUGUUACUGUCUGUAAACUGUUUUGUAGCUUUUUCAUUGUGGAAGGUUUAAAAUACCUCAACUCUCAUCUGAAAAAUAUGAUGUUAAGAUAUUAGGAAAAUUAAAUGAAAAGCACGUUUCCUUAUUAGUGCCAUCAGCGUGAGUAAGGUAAUAGAUUCCUUUACCUUUCGUUUUUAAACAGAAAGCUGUUUCAGAGAACAACAAGCAUGUCAUUAAGGGGAAAAGAAGUACAAAAUACGCAUCUCUGAAUUCCUCCAGUAUCAUAUAAUCUAGGGCAUUUAAUCUGAUGGAGGUAGACAAAUUCAAAUCAAAAUGGAGCUUCAUUUUGUCUGUGCACAUAACAAAAACAGGCAGCAUUUUUCCUAAUGCAUUUUUUGAAGUGAGGGAUUAUACUCCAAAUACCUUUUGUAUGUAUAUGUUGUAAUUUGCCUCCUGGCUCUCUGGUUUGAGGGGGGGAAAACUAAAUCCUGGAUUGCUUUGGCUUUUUAUAGUUCUGUUUUUUCCCCUUAAAUAGAGAUGCCUUUAUUUGUACACUAUAGUUAAGAUUUUUAUAUUUAGUAAUUAUUCCAUAAAUGGCAAAAUAUUUGUAUUUGAGUAUUCAACAGAAAUUUGUUUUUGUUGUUCUUUAGACCUCUAAACAGUCCUUUUGACUAGAUAGUAAAAAACAAUGCUCCCUAUAUCAUUUCUGAUAUGUAAUAUACUGAAAUUUGUGGCAUGGAAGAAUUUAUUUGGCCACCCUUAUAAGUAAACUAAAAUGAUUCUCAUUCCCCCUUGCAAAGGGAACACAUUUAGUAAACAGUUCUGCCCUGCUGCUAUCAGCAGAACUCUUGCAUUAAACACUUGAGGUACAAGUAGCAGUCUACCCAAGUUAAGGAGGAGGUUGGCUGAUUUUGUAGAGAGAUUGUGGGGUCUGGUGCCAUAUUCAUGGGCUGAUCUCAGUGGCUCGCCCCAACCUCUGAUUGGCCGAGGGGCCCAAUGGCCUUGUCUCUUGCCAGUGAUUGGCUGUGAGGGCUGUCUGUCAUGCAGCCCCACCCCUCACCACUGACGGGGCCACAUAACAGGCAGCUUUCUUAGCCAAUCAGGGGCAGGGGCAGCAGCCCUCUUGGGCUGCCCUUCAGGUGGGCGGUGGCAGCACCUCUUCCCCUCCCCCACAGGCUUUGCAGCCAUGCCACAGUGCCGCGAAGACUGCUAGCUCCCUCUGGGAAGCCAGUAUUUUAUUUUCAGUAAGUUUUCUUUUUUUCUUUUUUUGCGGAUUUUGUGGGCAAUGAUAGAUUUCUCAAUGUCCAGGAAAUCACAAUUUCAGCAGGUCCCUGGUUAUAAGUUCUUUGGAUGCUUUGGGACAGAUUUUCUUGUAUGCGAAAAAAACAGAUCCAUAGGCUCUGAGAAUUAGAUGCAUCAAAAUUAUUCGUUCUUUAAGGAAUUCCUUCUCACCCAGAUCAAUCUUCUGAUUAAUUCUAGAGUAUAUUCUGUAAUAGCUGUAUAACACAAGUAUUCAGCUUUGUAAUUCAUAUUGUCUCUGCUUACCUUUUCAUAGCCUGGUUCUGUCUUGCCCCUAUUUUCUUAAAAUCCCACAAUGGAAUAAUAUAAGAGCAAACCAGUGGAGAUAUGAUUGCCUAACCAUUCCUAAGGAAAUUUCCAAGCAAAAACCAUUAACUUAAACUAUCUUUCUGCAGCCACAUCUCUGCAGUUGUGGAUGGUUUAAAGGAUGGUCAGCUGCCACUGUAUAAGCCUUAUCUAGAUGACUUGAACUACAGACCGUGGACAGAGGUCCAUAUCAAUGGCUCUGCCUCCUCUUGAUCUGGUGUAUGUGGAAUAUUGUUCUGUGGGGAAUAACUACAGUCCUCAAAAAACCUCAUCCUUAGUUCUUUCUGCUGAUUUCUUUAGUAGAAGAGGAGAUGUGAUCCUAUGUACUGUUUUGUCAAGUUCAUAGCUGCCCUGGGCUAAAUAAAAUCUGAGGCUAAAGGCUAUAUAGUGGUUGUUAUAUAACAGAGAUCCUAUUAACUCAGUAUUGUUUAUUAACAUAUGUAUCCCCUCAACUUUGCAUUUUGAAUGGCUACUAUAAAUAUUUGCUCUGAAUGGCUAGCACGGGGGGUCAGCAACCUAUGGCUCACAGGCUGGAGCUGACCUGUGAAGCUAUUCAAUCCAGCCUGUGGAUAUAGGACUUUGACAGUGGGGAGCUUUGGUAGCAGUCACUUUCCUGUGCCUUUGCAGGGAGAAGUGCUGGCUGUGGGCAUUCUCCCCAUUCUGCCACAGGGAAAAGCAGUGGUGGCUAGGUCCCACCUGUCUGCUUGCCCACGCCUAACUGGGUCAAUCUGGCCCACAGUCUUAAAAGUUUGCCAACUGCUUGGCUAGUGCCCUUGGCAUUUCUCAUCCACAUGUCCAUACCCACUUAGCUACUUGAUUUAUGUGCCAAUCUAAUCCUAGUUUCUCUAAUAGUUUUAUUUCUCAUGCUGUUGUUCUCUCUUAGUUGCCUUCCUUCCACUAAGAGUAAUUAAAUUCUGCAUAAAUAAAACCAAGUGAGGUUACAGAGUGGUGAGGGCACCAGAAGGUGAGACAAUCCUGUUUGUGGUGGGGAUGUUAGGUAACUUUGAGUGCAGUAGGCUUGUAGAGUGGAUAUGUUUACUUAAUAAUCAUGCGGCGCUUAUGCAAGGAUGCUUACAUACGCUUUGUGUGAUAAAUCCCUACUCCUUGAGCAAGUAAGAGUGAAGUGAAUCAUUUGAGAGGCAGGACUGUGGUUGUGAGAGAGCUUGUGCUGCAGUUGGCUCAGUACUUUCCAUUUCAGCAGAAUAUAUUUACAGUAUGUUUUCACUUGUAUAUUAGUGUCUCUAAUAUAAAAUGCAAGAUUGUAGAUCAGUUGCAUCCCAAAAUCUCUGUGCUAAUUCAGAGGGUUGAGAAUCUAGAUUUGGUUGGGGGUUUUUUUUGAUACUUUGGUUGUGCUCACUGAACAGCUAUUGAUGAGAUGGGGUCUUCUAUUUGCAUUGGUUUACUUCAGUUCUGAAAAUUCGAACAUCACAUAGUUUUACUUUUUCUGUAUUAUGUGAAGAGUUUACUGACAGUUAAACUAGAAUACGUUUGCAUAUCUACUAUAACUUCCAUUUAGUCAGUUGACUGCCUCUUUUGAAAUCCAUAGUGACUAGUAUGACUUUAAAUGGAAAGUACAGGAGGAUAUAAUCCCUUUUUUCAUGAAGGACAGACUGUAGUGAUGAAAUGAUUCUAGAGGAUUUCAUGGUUUCUCUUGCCAAUUCUAUUUGGGAAAUCAGUUCAAAAUCAGCAGCCAAAUAUGUUACAGACUUUGAGCUUUUUUACUGUUCUUGUGGCAUUCCUUUCUGGAGCAGACAUUACAUUUUUAUAAUCAUUGGCAUGGUUAUAGCUGUGUAGCUCCAAGUUGUGGAUGUGACCCAUGGGCUAUUAUUACCUUAUAAUCUAUAUUAGAUCACUACAAAUUUUGCUAAUGGGGCACCCAGAUGAUAGGAGAAAAUGUCUUGAUUUCUUCCUUAUUUGCAGUGGGUCAAACUCAGUGCUGGUGUUCGAACCAGCUCCAUUGAAAACAGUGAAGCUGCAUCCAUUUUUACACCAUUGGUGAAUUUGGCCUGUAAUGUGUUGACCAAAUUACCUGAAUGUAUGUUUAAAGAUGAUAAUGCAGAAAUUGAAAAAAUAAGAUUCGCUUCUGAAGAUCAGAAUUUUUUCUUGUAAAAAGACCUCCCAUUAUUUUUAGGCUGUCAGAAAUCUUGUGCAGCUGCUUCUGAGUAAUUCUAGCACUGAUUAUUUUUGUUUUUGUACAUUUUUUCCCUGUAGCACUAUUUAAUUAAGGGCAGUUGUCUUGGUUACAAAUAGUUUUUUCAUUAAAUUUCCCUGUAAGGAAAUACCAACUUGUACUUAUUUUCUCCUUGAAAUACUGAUAAUAUUAGAAACCACCUCUUCAACAGUGUUAAUUUAAGCCCUGCCUUUUUCAGUAUAACCCUCAUGUGCAUGUUUUAGAAACUUCAACCAGCACAAUUCCAGCUUUAAAAGAAAGACCCUUACACUGGGACAAACUUGAAUGUGUGCACACUUAAUCACAAAAGCAGUGUGUGUUGCUAAUGUUUUUGGUAUUUUAUCUGCUUAGAUAAGGAGGCACAGAACAUGGCUUUCCCAUCUGUCUAAAUCUACUAUGAAGUCAGUCCUGUGAUUCAAACAGUUAGAUGUGGAAAUUACUGGAGUCGUGAUUUAGCUUUGACUCAGUGAAGCAGAAGUAAUUGGCUUGUUUAGGAGGUUAAGAAAAUUUAGAGAAUGAGCUGAGAGUUUAAAGUAUGACUAUAUGUGAAAACCUCCAUCCCAUCAUGCUACCUUACUGGAAAAAAUACUCUUGCAACAUAGUUUGAUUUUUUUUUUUUCUUUAAUAGACCCUAUAGUAAAAAUGCACCUUUUUACUUCCUGUUCACAGGACUGUCAUUCUUUUGUCCAUGUAACUUUAAGAACAAGGACUUAUACAUCUAUAUAUUUUGCCUUCCUAUAAAAAGUGGAAAUUUUAGCAUUGAAAGGCAUUUAAUCUCCAGUGCUGUUUGUAGCCUAACAUUAAAACAUUUGCCAACAUACAUGCUUAGAGAGUUGGAGCUUGAUCAUAGAAUGCAUGAUGUGUUUGAGGUGUAUGAGUAUAUAAGUAACUGUUAGUUGUUCCUUUGGAAAAAAAACGAAUUGUAGUAUUAAACAUAUCUCCCAUUAUUUCCCCUAUAUAAUGCAGUAAGGGUCCUGUCCCUGAUUGUAAUCAGGAGAGAAUACUGCAUAUUGUGCAGCAGAAAACCUGUUGAAACCAUACUUAAUUCACAUGAAACAUUGAACAGUAAAUCCAAAAGCUAUUGGAUGGGAUCAAAGUCAGCAUGAGAGAGGUUUAUAUGUAAAUUAUUAGCAAAAUGUAAAUAGUCACAUUAGGAAUGGCUGAAGUAGAAAAUGUAAAACCCUAUUAGAGAUCACUGCAUGCCAACCUUCACCAGCCAUCAUGUGGCAUAAAGCCUGGAAACAGCAAGUAGAACAUUCCUGGAAAACAGGGCGGGGGGAAGUGUAGUAAAAAACCAUUAGUCGCAAGUUGCUAAAAUAUGAACACCUCUCCUUGUAGAUUGUUCGCAGUCAAAAAAUGCAGUCACAUCUAGUGCAAGCCCACUGUAUGCAAUGGAUUGUUUUGUGCCAUGUCCCCAUCUUUUUAUAUAGAAAUGUAUUAAGAAUGUUUUGUGUUACCCCUUUCAUGUUAAUCUCUACAUUCUGCUGCUUCAUAUCCAAGGACAACAAAGACGAGGAGAAUAUACAUUUCACUCUGUGUAUGCCAUCUCAUAAUAAAAUGUGUUUACCAUA